AUGCAGUUAUUUGAAAGCAUUAUGUUUGGCAAAAUAACUGAGGCGCAAAAGGCGGCGAUGAAGAAGGGCUUCGCCGCGGCGAUAUCAGCUGCUGACACGGAAAAGUCUGAGCUCGAUGGAAAGGCUCAUCUAUCGGAUAAUGAGAGCGUCGAAAGUAAAACGGAUCUUCCAUCGUCUCAUGAUAAGAGCCUAGGGGAGGCGUCUGAGGUACUUCGUAUCAACGUUCAUAGCGAGAGCGUUGAAAUUAGCAAUAUCCGUUUGUUCGCGCUUGAUGAGAUAGACUUCACUUUACUCACCCGCUGCACGUCUCUUUCUUUACGGAAAAAUCUUAUUCAUGUUCUCUCGCCGCUUCCAAUAAAAUUAGCGAAUCGCCUAAACGAACUUGACUUUUUUGACAACAAAAUUAAGAAAGUGGGUGAUUUUUUUGAAAGUGCCCUUGUAGAGACCACUGUAGACGACAAAGUGCAGUGGAUUAAGGAGCCUCAAUGCAAACCUUUCUCCUCCUUGACUAAACUCGACCUGAGUUACAAUCAAAUACGCGUGAUAUCCGGUCUGGACUCGUUGGGGGAUACUCUCAAGGAAUUGUAUCUGGUAGAAAAUAAAAUUAAGGUAAUUCAGGGGCUGGGCGCACUCCGCAACUUAGAGUUGUUGGAGCUCGGUGGAAAUCACAUCCGCGAAAUCGGCAGUGGCUUAGAGAAUCUCGUAAACCUCAGGCAGCUAUGGCUUGGGAAGAAUAAGAUAGUCAGUAUUGGUAAUAGUCUUCGCACACUGCGUUCGCUGGAGCUUCUAAGUUUGCAGGCAAAUCGGAUUCUCUUGGUUGAGCCGGAGUGUUUUACGAAUGAAUACCACCCCUCUCUGAGGGAACUGUAUCUGUCUGAGAAUGGGAUUCGCAAGAUUGAAAACAUCUGCCUAGCUAAUCUUCGAACGCUUGACUUUAGCUUUAACCCUAUUGAACGCAUCAACGAAGAGGUGAUAUGUUGCGCAAACAUGCCGAUUUUGGAGGAAUUUUGGCUUACCGAUGGAAAGAUUAGCGAAUGGGGUGAGGUUCAGAAACUCGCACCUUUCAAGGAAACGCUGCGAACGGUGUAUCUUGAACGAAAUCCCAUAGAGCAAGAUAGGAGGUAUCGAAAUAAGGUGUAUUUAUGCUUGCCGUUUCUGGAGCAAAUUGAUUCCUGGCCUGUGGUGAACAUUGCUGAUUUGGAGAUGGAUCGAAAGAUUGAGCGAGAUAAGUGA